AUGAAUAUAAGUGAUGGUGCUCCGUUAGUAUCAGAUUUCUUCAAUAUUUCAUGUUGGGAUUCCAGAAACAAAAGUUAUGAGAAUAUCCACGCUGGGAUUCACGUGAAUAAUACGAUAAGAGAACGACUUAGGGCAAACAAGCCUCCUGCCAACGGGCUGGGUCUGUCUAUUGCCUUGCUUGGCUUUGAUUCCAUGUCUAGAAUGUCAUGGCUGCGUCGCAUGCCUAGAACCAGAGAAUUCUUGGUUAAAGAGUUAAAGGCUAUAGAACUUGAAGGAUAUAAUAUUCUAGGGGACGGCACUCCUGCAGCUCUAUUCCCUAUUCUCACUGGGAAACUAGAACAGGAACUACCAGAGGCCAGAAGAAAAUUUAAAGGCGCCAAACCAGUAGAUGACUUUCCUUGGCUGUGGAGAAACUUUUCAAAAUAUGGCUACGUCACUUCCUGGGCAGAUUCUCAAAUCGCCAUUGCUCCGUUUAACUACCGGUUACUGGGAUUUGAACACUCCCCAGCGGAUUACUUCAUGCGUCCAUUUUAUCUGGCUGCCGAUCCGUUGUAUAAGACAUUUUCACCUCACUGUCAUGGAUCGGAACCCAGGCAUAUGGUUUGGUUCAACUGGAUCCGGGACAUUUUCUACAUGUACAAAGAUGACCCCAAGUUUCUCGUUCAUUUUUAUACUGCUCUUAGCCACGAUGAUAACAAUUUGAUAACAAUGGCUGACGAUGAUCUCAGGACUUUGCUAUACAACCUUGAAAAUGGAGGCUUCUUGAAUAACACACUUCUGAUUGUCAUGGCCGAUCACGGCGCACGCUUUGAUACAGUUCGACGAACACUCUCUGGUAAAAUAGAAGAAAGAAUGCCUUACGUUAGUCUUCGAUUCCCUCGCUGGUUUGAAAUUAAAUAUCCUCAUUUGAUAAAGAAUAUACGAACCAACGUUCACAGACUUACCACGCCUUUUGAUCUUCAUGAAACAUUCAAAGACUUUCUCAGGUUUGACGGAGCAGGCAAAGGAGAUGUGAAAAACCGAGGCAUCAGCCUCUUCAAGGAGAUUCCUAAAUCCAGAACUUGCGCGCACGCAGACGUUGCGCCUCAUUGGUGCGCGUGUUUGAAAUGGCAAAGCGUUCCUGAAACAGACCCGAAUGCUCGUAGGGCUCUUCAAACCGCAUUGGAAGCGCUGAACAAUUUCACAGAACCUUACAGAUCUGAUUGUGCACUGCUCAGCAUAGGCAACAUAACAACGUUGUCGAAAAUGUUCGCCAGUGAUGAAGUUCUGAAAUUUAAACGAACGAAAGACGACCGAGGGCUGCGUCCUGUGAUGUCGGAUAGGUUUACUAAGGUGGAUAAAAUAAUUUACCAGCUGACAUUCUUCACACAACCCGGUGAUGGGGAGUUUGAGAUUACGUUAGAGCAUGUACUAGCCUCCAACGUGAUGCAGCUGAAUUCCAAGUCCAUCAGCAGAAUCAACAAAUACGGCAACGACCCUGCGUGUGUGCUUAACAAGAACAGAGAAAUACGCCAGUAUUGUUACUGUAAAAGUAAUUUGUUAUAG